AUGGUUCUGGUUGGUGCUCCUGCAGAGGGACCUGAAUUGAUAGAUGAAGAACAAUUCAAAAAGGUGAUGAUCUGGUUACUUAUCAAAAGAAUACCAUAUCAUAUCAUACUAGACAUUCAAGGUAUUCUUAGGCCAAUUGGAGUCUUCCAAUUGCCAAGAAAGCCUAUGGAAGAGACAGAUUUGAAAAGAACUUGGAGUCUGCAGACCCUAGAUCAUCCAAGCCCCCCUUGCCCCUCCCCACCAAAUCACUUUCAAUCCCUCCACAAUAAUUUCCCUACCCCUCAACCAUCUCCCCCACCAAGAACUCAACAACAAAAAAUUGUUCAAGCUAGAAAAAACAUCAUCUAUAAACCCUACUCUGAUGCUGCUGUUGCUGCUGAAUUUGAGAUAAAAAUGAAGACAACAAAAAAACUGGAACUUGAAACAGAUAUUGCAAACCUUGCCUCAUCUUCAAAGGAGCCACUCAUCUUUAGUGCUCAACCUGAAACACCUUUGGAUAACUUCCAACCUCAUCCAGAUGUGUUAUCUUGCCAAAUCAAAAACAAAAAAAAUUGGAACUUGCUAAGAAGAUUGCUGGAAACUAAAAAAGAAAACUAUCCAAGGAUGAAAACUGCUGCAAGAGCUAAAACUAUUAGCACCUCCAACACUAAAGGUCAUCACACUAUGGACCCUGAAAGCAUCUUCCCAACCUCCCCUCCACCAAAACCCUUCCGUUUCAACUCCUUACCAACCCUAGCUCAAAUUAAAGCAAGAAUGGAAGCUAAUCAGGCCAAAAAGAAAAAGGAAACAUGGAAGGCAAAAAAGAAAUCUCAUGUGUUUGAACAGAUAUCUUCACCAACUCCUCUAGACACCAUGAUGGAAACCAAAAGAAAUAAACCUACCCAAGCUGAAGAUGGUAUUGAAAUCAGUUCAUUUGACUCUGACUUCCUCAAACGGUUCAAAGAUCAGGAUAAAAAAUCUGCAAGGUCGCUUGACUCAAACAACAAUUCUCAGAUGGCUAAUGGAGGUGCUAGUGGCACUGCUGGUGGAUUAACAUUGAUACGGAAGAGUAAUUUAAACAUUGAAAUACUUGAUUCUUCUCUCAAUCAUAUCAAUGCUAUUGUUAGGCCUGCCAGUGGCUCUCCUUGGUUAUACACUGGUUACUAUGGUAGUCCUUAUGAUACAGAUAAUAAACUCUUCUCUUGGAAGAUGCUGGAAAAUACUGCUGCCAUUAACAACCUACCUUGGUUGGUUAUUGGAGACCUAAACAUUAUUCUUCAUGACACUGAAAAAUUCAGUGUUCAUACUAUAGAUACCAAUGAAGCUAAUAUAUUUAGCAACAAAAUCUUUGAGUUGGAUCUUGUGGAUUUGGGCUCCACUGGCUGUCCAUUCACUUGGUCAAAUAAAAGAGAUGGUCACAAUCUCACUGAACAAAGAUUGGAUAGAGGACUGUCCAGUGAAAGUUGGCUCUUGCUACACCCCAACAAUACCAUCAUCAAUAUGCUUGCUAUUGGCUCUGAUCACCACCCUAUUCUUCUCAAUUCUAACCCCUCCUGGCAAACUGAUAGAAAGCUAAAAGACAUCAAGCUUCAACUCAGAAAGUGGAACAAGGAGAUCUAUGGCAACAUCAAGAUUAACAUUGAAGAAUGCAAGCAACACCUUCUCUGGUUACAAACAAACUACUUUAGAGCUGACAAAAAUCAAGCCAUCAAAGUAGCUAGAUAUCAACUCAAAGAUUGGCAGGAUGUUGAAGAAAAAUUUUGGAAGAAAAAAAGCAGGGAUCAAUUUACUAAGAUGGGAGACCAAAACACAAGCUACUUUCACAGAGCCACAAAGUGCAGAACAAGAAGAAACAAGAUUGAUGCUAUCCAAGACAAUCAAGGGCACUGGAUUACAGACUAUAAAGAGAUAAAACACUGCUUCACUCAACAUUUUUCCAGAAUGGCCACUGCUGAAAACCCUCCCAUCAACCCAGAGAUUAUCAACCUAAUUCCUACCACUAUCACCUCAACUGACAACAGUAUGCUAAAUAGAAUCCCAGAUCACAAUGAAGUUAAAAGCAUUCUCUUUAGCAUGGCUAAGGACAAAGCCCUUGGACCAGAUGGCUUCCCUCCAAAUUUUUUCCAAGCUAACUGA